AUGGUUCCGCCAUGCCUUUCCUUUCCUACCCUCACGUUCUCGGGGAUCGGCGCGCCGACCGUCGAAGAUUUCAUUGCCGCUCUCGAAGGCCAGCUCUCCGCGAGCGACGCUCCCCUGCUUCCCGGCCAAAUCAGUGGGCGAUUGACCAGCCGCGCUCUAUUGUGGUACACGGAGACGAUCUGCGGCCACCACUUCCGCCUCACCGACGACGGGUACCGAGACCUGCGCUCACGACUGCUGGCCGAGUUCUCGCUGAGGGAGCGCAACCCGCAGCGCAUCUUCCGCACGUUGACUCAGGGCUACCUCUCGGUCGAAGAAUAUGCGACAGAGUGGAGGACGCUGGCCGGCCAUCUGGGCGAGGAUGUCGAGAGCUACUUGAACCGUACAUGGUGGGCUUACGGACUCCGGAGUGAACUGCGCGAUAUCGCUCUCGCGGCCAUGCACAUAUCGACUUUUGGAGAGCUAGCGGGUGAAGUACAUCGCGCUGAACGGCUACUCUGUCCACGAACUUCGCAGCAGUGCAGAGAAGUUCAGCAAGCAUGCUCCUGCAGCCAAGGCGAGAGCGACUGGGACGAGGAUAGCACCUGGGAGAUGGAGACCACUGGAUCGACAGAAGAGACGAAAGUAGCCGAGGAUAUCCAGCGAACGAAUGGCGAUACCGCAGGGCUUGGAGGGUCAACCGAUGCGGAACUGGUGAAACUGUUCGGAGAGCUCCUGAGAGCCCGUCUGCUUAGUCCAUAG